AUGCAAAUAUAUUUGGCCUACCUUUCUUUUGGCAUUAUCGUCAUCACUGCUGCUGUUACUGCUGCUGCUACUGCUGCUGCUACUGCUGCUGCUGCUACUGCUGCUGCUACUGCUACUGCUGCUGCUGCUUUCAGAGUCACUGCUGCUGUUUUUAGAUUCACUGCUGCUGCUGCUGCUGCUUUCAGAAUCGCUGCUGCUGUCCGAAUCAUUGCUGCUGCUGCUUUCAGAAUCGCUAUUGUUGGUUUCAGAAUCGCUGCUACUGCUGCUUUUAUCGUCACUGCUGCUCUCCGAUUCACUGCUGCUGCUGCUUUCGCGUUUUCUGGUGUUUUUGGCACCACUGCCAUCUGA